GCGGAGCUUUGGCUGAUGGUUGACUUGCUAUGCCACAUAGCCACACAACACAGAGCUGACAGCGUUAACGGUGAUCGCUGUUUUUACAGGCCCGGUGGCCAUGGCUAAAGACCCGUUAGCCGAGGCAGGCUUUUAUUUCGAUGAACUCAACAAGCUACGGGUACUGGAGCCUGAUGUCAGCCAGAAAACCUCAGAGCUCAAGGAAGAGUGUAAAGAAUUUGUGGACAAAAUUGGCCAGUUUCAGAAGAUAGUGGGAGGUCUAAUUGAGCUGGUGGAUGAACUGGCAAAAGAAGCGGAGACAGAAAAGAUGAAGGCAAUAGGAGCCAGAAACCUGCUGAAGUCAGUGGCAAAGCAAAGAGAGGCUCAACAGCAGCAGCUUCAGGCUCUCAUAGCUGAGAAGAAGAUGCAGCUUGAGAGAUAUCAUAUAGAGUAUGAGGCCUUGUCCAAAGUGGAGUCAGAGCAGAACGAGUUCAUCGACCAGUUUAUUCUGCAGAAGUGAGGACGUAACUGAGACAGCAGAAAAAUGUCUACAACCACGUUUCCAGAGUGCCUGUCCUGUUUUCUCUGGGCGAUGCCCGCCUCAGAGGAUUACUCUGCUGCAACUGUGUUUCUCAAGCAAUCCCAAAGCUCCAACAUCAUCCUCAGUCAUCGACGCCUCUUUACACCAUCUUUCUGACAUGUUUGUGCGUGUGAAGCAGCAGCCAGCUGCCUGCUGUGGUUGCUCCCACCCUGGUCAGCAGCUCUGACGAUUUACAGUGUUGUAAGCUUGACUUUUUGGAACACCAAAUGUCUCAACGUCAACAUCUCGGACCAACAUUAAAGACGAUGGAGCUAUUUAUAUAAAGGAAUAUUAUUUAUACUAUUUAUACUGAAGAAUUACUCUGUAUAUCUAGUUUUACUACUCUUUGUAUCAAUUAAUUGUUCAUUGUAUCAAUACUGCAUGUGCAUGCGUAUGUAAAUACGUUUUGGUUUUAGAGGAUAGAAAGAAGUUGACAUCCUGAUUUGAUUGUUAUUUUUGCUUUUACCUAAUUCUGCUGGUACAGCCAGUCAGCCACGACGAAUACAUUCUCUUCUUUUCAAUUACAUUUCUUUGAAUCUGUUAUGUGUAUCAUUAUCCUUCAUGUAUGAGUUUAGAUGACAAAGGGUUAUACUUGAAUAAAUACUCUA